AAUGCCUCGAAAAGUCCUAACUCUUGUAGCGACAUUAUUUCCAAACUUAAAGAAUUUAAAAGCAUGCAUUUACCCAAGUGAAUUAUCACAACUUUGUUCUAUAUUCACAUAUUGUCAAAAUUUAUCCCAUAUAACAUUAAUUGGUUCAGCUUCACGAUCAAGUGACGAACCUUCAAAUUUAUUAUUAUACUUCAACGAGAUAAAACAAAAUUUAAAAGAGUUAAGAUUAGAAGGAUCGAUAUGGUCAUUUUCAUCAUUUGCAUUUGAGACGUUUUUAAAGAAUAAAAAUAUAUUAAAAAGUUUACAAGUUUUAGAAAUUGUUGAUUCCAAAGAUUUUGGAAAUCAACAUUUACUAGUCAUAAUUAAAUGUUUAGAAGGAACUGAUGAUAUUGCAUUGAAAAAAUUAGUGAUAUCCUCCUGUGAACCAAUAACUUCUAAACAUCUUGACAGAAUUAAAAGGAUUGUUAAGAAUGUUUCUUAUCAAAAAUUAAUUUGGACUGGAAGAACUUUAACUACGUAA